CAUCUGCAAGUUACCGCGUCACCAUAUUUUCACUCUGAAAGAUUUUAUACCCUUACACUCUAUCACAAUGGCUCUCCCAACUACUACCCGAGCAUGGUCUAUCGACGCGAUCAACAAAGACAGCUUCGAUAGCCUUGUUCUGAAGGAGAACGUUUCUCUUCCCAACCUUGGCGAUCAUGAUGUCUUGGUUAAGAUAGAAGCCGUGUCUCUCAACUACAGAGACUUGGUCAUUCCCAAAGGACUUUACCCUUUCUCCAUGAAACUUCCCGUCGUUCCUGGAUCUGACAGCUCCGCCAUCGUCCUUGCAACUGGCCCCAAGGUCACCAGAGUGGCCAAGGGAGACCGAGUUUGCACGCUGUUUAAUGAACUCCACCACACCAACCCAAUUACCGCCGAGGCCGUCGCAAGUGGUCUUGGCGGUGCAGUUGAUGGUACUCUGCGCGAGUAUGCCGUUUUUGGAGACCACGCUCUUGUCAAGGCUCCAUCUUCUCUAAACGCGAUUGAGGCUAGCACCCUUACCUGCGCUCCCCUUACCGCAUGGAACGCCCUCUACGGACUCAAGCCUGUCAAGGCAGGCGACUGGGUCUUGACCCAGGGCACCGGCGGUGUCAGCCUUUCAGGUAUCCAGUUCGCCGCUGCUGCUGGCGCAACCGUUGUCGCCACUACAUCUACAAAGGAAAAGGCCGAGGAGUUGAAGAAGCUGGGAGCCACCCACGUUAUCAACUACAGAGAGACCACCAACUGGGGUGAGGCUGCCCGAGCUCUGACUCCCGGAGGCGUUGGAUUUGAUCACAUUCUUGAGAUCGGUGGCCCUGGAAGUCUUGAACAGUCUCUCAAAGCCAUCAAGCUGGAGGGUGUCAUCACUAUCAUCGGAUUCCUUGCACCAUCAGAGAAGCAGCCUCCUCUGAUGGACGCUCUCAGCCACGUUUGCGUUGUCCGCGGCGUCUUUGUCGGCUCCAGGCAGCAGUUUGAGGAAAUGAACCGGGCUAUUGACUCUGCAAAGAUUCGCCCUGUUGUUGACUCCAACAUCUUCUCAUUUGAUGACAUCAAGAAGGCGUACCAGUACCAGUGGGAUCAAAAGCACUAUGGAAAGGUUGUGAUUAAGGUCGCAAACUGAAAAAGAAAUAUAGAGUCUGGAAUUUUAAGCACUAGUGUUAUUUCUAUAUAGCAAGUUAAGCCUUUUAUUUGAACCCUUGUCUUGAUUGCUGG